AUCUCUAGAAUGCAAUUAAAUGUACACUUCAUACCCUGUAUAGUUAUUUAUACAGGCAAGAUAUAGACACCUAUACACAGAAUAAGACAAAAGACCCAACUUUAAAAACAAGCGGGAAGGGUUUUGAGCAGACGUUUCCGGGAGUGAGUUUAUUGUGCCUUUGGUCAUGCUGUAGGUGACAGCCCGUGUGUUGGGAAAUCUCUAACAAGAGUCAUGAAGAAGAGAAAGUCAUCCAGCCCCGUGACGGAGGAAUGUGGUGUCUGGCUGGACACGGCGGAGAUGAAGAAGAAAAAACAGCCAAAUCUGACUCGCCCCAUUUACAAGGCACUGAACCCCUUUGCAGGAGGUGGCUACAACAUAAACCUGUCUCUCAGCUUUACACAGACCAAACAUCCAUUGCCUGUCACAAAACAGACCACCAUCUCGUCCUUCUUUGCUCCACGGCGCACAGAUGAUAAAAACAGUAUGGCCUCUGACGCAGGUCCUGAUCGUCCAGGCUUUCCUUCAGCACUAUGGUCCGAAUCUAAAGCAAGAGAAGAGAAAUGGAAACUUUGCCUCGAUGAGCCCCAGGAAUAUCAUCACUGCUCUGCUUUUGCUGAUUCAGUGGGGCUGAAAGAGGAUCCCAACAGCUCUGUUCCUCAGGUCACUGAAUUUGACACGUCAAGGCAUGAAGACGAUAAACAUGGCCAUUACGAGUACAGUCGGAGAAAUGAGAAUAAUUGCAGUCUCGCUCGCGAUUGUGCUCCAGAUAUGACAAGCCUUGCAUUCCUUUCAGAUGGGGAGAGUCAAUCUGAUAGUUUGGAGCCUCUCCAAGACCCCUUGGAUAAGGGCAGUCUAGGUUCAGUGGAUUGCACCAUGUCAGAAGUGUCACGUGCUUCUGAGCAUCACAAAUCUGUCAAUCCAGGUAAGUAUGACUUCCAGGCAGAGUGUGCUGAACGUUCAGAAAUUUGGAGUGGGGCCAUAGAGGAGGCCCUGACUUGGCAGCAUGCGUUCACACAGGAUUCUCAGGGGAAUCGAGUUAUUGCGCGUUGUGAGGCGCCUCAGCCACCCACCAAGAAGCGUCCCCAAGGAAGUGAUGAAAGCCACGACUGGUUGAAUGGAGAGGCAGCGAGUCUCAACUCGGAGACGUUUUGUAGGAAACUAUUGACUCGGGAGGGUUGCACGUCUACACAGAAGAGACCUGACAGUUACUCCGUAGCUCCAAAAAUGUCUCAACCUGAGUUCCAGGUGAGCUGGGAGGAGUCUUUGGCUUUGGACAAGGAGAACAUUUGCUCAUCUUCUUGUUUUGGAUCUCCAAAACGGCAGAACACCACUCGGGGAAGGUCACCUCUUAAGGACAGAUUGUUCAGUUCUGCUGGUAUGAAUGGGGACCUGGAGAAAGAGUUAGUGUCAUCUCCAAAAAGGGCCCGCAUGGCCAAGAGUCAGUUCAGUACUCAGGCAAUGCUGUUUACUCAGGAUUCCCAGGGAAACAGAGUUAUAGCUCAUCGCGGGUGCCCGCGUAGGAUGGGGAGAAGUCCCCUGAAAGACCGAACCAGCUGGACCCAGAGAGGGUGGGAGAGUCCGGCGAAGAUCUCUCGUCCGUGGCUGAGAGAGGACAGCCGGAGCAGCCUGGAUUCGGACUCUGAGGCAGAACUCUUAUUCACGCAGGACUCCGAGGGAAACAUGGUCAUUAAGCACUGAACUUAAAUCUUUUCAAAGGUACAAAUCGCAAGUCUACCUGUAUGUGACAGUCAUUUGAUCUCUUCUGCCGCUUAGGCACCUGUGGUUUUUCGAAUGUUUGCUCAAAGGAUUUUUGGAGGUGCAGUAAUUUUGGGCAAAUUCUUUAUGCAUUACAUGCUAAAUUCUUAUUAAUACAAUUUUUGAACUGAAAAUUCCUAAUUUACGUUUUACACAGAAUAAAAAUGUGGUGGUGAAAUCUGGACAUGUUGUAAUUUUUAUUCUUUAUUCAAAUAACCAGUUAUUCAUUUACUCUUAUGUUUAAUGUUUUGAGGUUUUGGAAUUUACUGGUACGCACUUGCUUUAAAAUGGGAGAUUGAAUCUCGGGACCAGUGCCCAUAUUUUAAAGUUUUGUAAAUCUGGGAUUUAUUCAUUGCUUUCAUCACUGAUACAUCCUGGUCCCAGCCUUUUUUCUAAUGUAAAAUUACUGUUAAAUUCUGACUCCAGCAUCAAGUGAGAAUUAACCGAGUUCAGCUGGUGGUGUAAGUACCUUGAUUGUAAAUUGGAUUAACUGGGAUGCUUACAACAGAUUAUUGUCAUUGACUAAGUUAUCUGUGUUUUCUCACUUUUGUCAGUUGUCAGAACAGCAUUUGCAGCAAUGUUAAUUGAAGUCAUUUUCAGAUGUAUUUUUUUCAAAACAUUUAAGUUUGUUUUCAAAACAUUUAGGUUUGAAAAAUAUUACGAAAGUGUGUCGAUUUUCUGAGAAGGAUGAUGCAGAUUUUAUACUGCUCUUUGGAAUUUUAUUUCAUUCAGUUCAUUUCAUAAAAUGUUUUAGUAACAGUCAGUACUGAAUGUUAUUGUCCUGCAGUUUUAAUGAAUUACAUGCUUGAAAUGGUGGUAAUUGUAAAAAAAAAAAAGUGACUUUUUUUUUACUUUAGUUUCACUAAAGCGUCAUGCAUUUUGCAAUACAUUUCUGUGCUCUUCACAGUAAAGAGCUGCUUUUCAGUCAUUAAUUCUGUCAAAUGUUACCUUCCUGUAGCACAGAGAAUAUAUAACCUAUUCUGUGAAGGGUUUCAGUGUUUGGAACUCGAAAAUGGCUGGGUAUUGUUUUAGCUAAUUUGGGGCUGUAAUACUGUGCAUUUACUGUAGUUUUUAUACUUGGUUUACUCUUACAUCUUCCUGCAACAGAACAAGGUGACUUGACUGUCUUUCAAAAAACAUUUUUUUGCAGAACUUACUAUGUACAGUAGCUAAUGAGAAUUGAUUUAUUCCACUGCUGUGCCGUAUACAGCCCAGAAAAUGGUACACAGUUGCAGUGCAAGUGUCUGCAUUUCUUCACCUUUCUAAGCAAAGGUAAAAAAAAAUGGUCCUUCCUUAAAUUACGGGUGCUAUUACACUAUUAAUUUCUGUGUGUUGUAAACAGAGGCUUAUUAGGAAAUAUCCCCACAUGGCCUACGGAUGUCACUAUUGCUCCAUAUUUUCUUACAGCUAAACCUUUUAAUGGCCAAUGCAUUCAGCAUGGUGCCAAAUAUUAGCAUUGCUACUGCAAUAUCAAUUUCCAUAAACUCACCAUUUCUCUGUUGUGCUUGCACUUUUACUUAUAAAACUGUUUGGAAAUAUUUUUGUUUUCCGGUAGCUCUUGAAAAAGCUGAUCGCAUUGCUUUUGCUCCAUGUCGGAAGGGGCAGAUGGCUGUUUUUUCCCGACUUGUGCAGGUAUACAGCAAAACACGCAGUGAACUUGUAUCGGGCCUCUGGAUAUCUGGUUUUAUUAGGUCCUUGGCCUCUAAGGUAGUGUAUUUGUAAUAAGGGAGGUAGAGACUUUUUAAUUAGACUGCUACAGAAUGAAAAGACACCAUGCCUGCUAUGUUGACAGUAAUGCCAUUCAAUGCUUCAUUUAUGCUAAACCUGUGAUUAAAGGCCUGGCCCUGAA